GCAUACAAGUUAUAAAUGAUAAUUAUUAACUUUUGUUGCAUAACAUGGGUUUUAUGCGUAGGUAGUGCAUUAGAUGCCUCAUGGAGGUCAAUCUAAAAGGUAACGUUACAUGUUCUAGAGAGGAGCUGUGGUGUUUAUUGGAUAUCAGUUUCUAAUUCAAUAAUAUGUUCGACAGCUUUGUACGGUUUGCGUUUGCAGACUAUUGGAUAGGUGGUAGUGGUGGGAGUGCAGAUCUAAUGUUCAGGUUGUAGGGCCUGCAAGUUGUCCUCAAAAACGGGUCACAGUUAUCUUGGUUAUCUGGUUAUCUUUUAUCUGUCCGAAUCUGUAUAGAAACCGCAACCAGCCCCAGAAUAGCAGCACAGCGGAGAACAAGGAAUCGUUCCUCUUAAGUGAGUACUUAAUGUGCCCAGGCCACUGCAUUCAUGUCGUUAAUCAGCUGUCCUGCGACAUGCUGUACCAAAAUAGACAGGCCUUGCGACACGGCAUGCCCUUGGCAACGGAGAGGUACACUGACCACUGCAGUGCCCAUCGCCCCUGAGCACAAAGCCUGCCCUCACCAGACAGACAGCAGUCGAAAGGCAGGCGACACUCACGGUGCCAGCGGACCUCUUCUCCUGUCUCCUCGUGCCCUCUCCCAGGACAAUGAAGUACAGAAACUACACAGACCAUAUCAAAUCCCCAGCAGCGCUGAUCAGGCAUCUGCACUCCUGUGUCUUUUUGGAUGGAGAGAUGGAUCUACAAGGACCCCUGGAAGAGGAGGUGGAGGUGGGGGAGCAGGAGGAGAGGGAGGAGGUGAAAGACAAGCACACAGUAGGAGACACUGAUCGCCCCCCAGAGGGAGUGGAAAUGGACUUCGGUGUGCCACAGGAGUGCUACUGCGGUCUGAAGGACCUGCCCCGGAGGGUCUCUGCCCUGGAGCGGUCCUUGUACCUCAGCCUGCCGUCCUGGGUACAUGCAGCCUUGUUUUUUAACUUCUUUGGGCACGUGGGCAAGUCAAGUCUGCCAGACCUUUCCCUCCCAAUGCGACUGAUGUCCUAUCUCCUGCUCCCUUACACGCUACCUGCCGCCGCCAUCUUCCACCUCAACUACAGAUUCAUGUGCUUGGCACACUGGGAGAAAACCAAUUUGCUAAAGUGGUUCAGAGGAGUCCAAGAGAAAGACCAUUGGCAGAGGUGGAACAGAACAUUCACGGAGAAAUCCCAUUGGCUGAUCUGGAUCACAGGGCUCCAGGUGAAUGCCCAUUGGCCGAUGUGGAUCACAGGGCUCCAGGAGAAUGCCCAUUGGCCGAUGUGGAUCACAGGGCUCCAGGAGAAAGCCCAUUGGCUGUGGCGGGACGUGAGGCUGGUUGUGCGAUUUCUCCUCAGAGCCUCUGUCUCCAGUCUAAAGACAGUCCUGCCCACCAGGUUGCCCUCUCUUCGAUUUUCUUCGCUGCGUUUCCCAGCCGUGAGGCUCCGGUCGCUCCAGUCCAUCCUUCUCCCGUCACUCCUGUCCCCAUCUCUGUGUUCUGUCUCUUUCCCCGCUCUUUCUCUUUUGCUGCGGAUUCUCCCCUUACGGUGCCUCAGCUUCGGAUCAGCACCACAGACAGAACCCGUCCCAGCGAGGGGGACCGUCCUGAGGCAUCGCCGUUCUGUGCUGCGGUUCCACCUCUCCACCACCUCCAGUUCGUCCACCUCUGACUCCGUGGACGCUGCCUCGUACGCCCCCUCCCCCCCUGAGCCCUCCAGGGCUGUCUCCUUCCUCUUCAACCUGCAGCUGGAGGUGAAGGAGCAACCAGACCUGGACAUCUACCCUGCACCUCCUCUGCUGCCUGCUCCUCCAGAGCUCAGCUCAGAGGAGGAGGUGGAGGACGAGGGCCUCUGCUCCCCCUACAUCUCCUUCCUGGCUGUCAAAGAGGAGGACGGGAGAGACGAGGACAGUGAUGUGGAGGAUGUGUGGGAUAGCUCCUCUUCACGGUCCUCCAGUGAUUUCUCUCACCAGCGAGCAGUCUCCGAAUAGUGAAUGAUUACAUGAACAUAACAGCGCUGAAGAAGCACUUCUGGCAUAUUCAAAACUAAGACACAAUAAACACCCCUCUGCCUAAAUUUGAA